AUGGUCUCCAGUUCUUUUCUCUUCGGAGGAUUGUCUUUAGCUCCUUUGUUUCUCUGUAUCUUCGUUUUUUCAUCCGUAGUGGAGUCUCUACCACGAUCCUCUACAUAUCAAAUUCAGAAUCAACUCCUCUCGAAAAAGCAAGACUCCAGUAGCAGUCCAAAUUGGCAAAAGUAUGUCAGGGCUACUUCCUCCAACAUAGUCGUACCUCAAAGCGUCGUCACUACCUCAGGAAAAGUCACAAAUCCUAAUGCUCUUCUUCAACAAGGUGGUCAAGUCACGACUUUGACUAGAGAUAGCGGAUCCAUUAAUAUCCCUUCGAUCACUCUUGAUUUCGGACAAAAUACUGUGGGAUACUUGAGUAUCAAUUUCGCUGGUGCUUUGGGAACUCCUGGUAUCCGACUAGCUUUCUCUGAGACUCUGCAAUAUCUAUCUGACACUAGUGACUUUUCACGAUCAAACCAAGGCGAUACAAUCACUCCCGGGUCCGAUCAGAUUGCCGUUGGUAGCCAGAACUUUACUUGGACCGACGUACAUGGGUGUCAACAUGGGACGCAAGUCUGUGCAGAUGGUCUUCAUGGUUUCCGAUAUGUCAGAAUCUAUCUCGACGCUUUGGCCGCAGAUUCACCAUAUACUGCCCCAUACGGAACAGUAGCUAUCGAUUACUUGAGUUUGACCUUUUCUGGUCUGCGCGGCACACCAGAUACCUUUACCGGCUGGUUUGAAAGUUCCGAUGAAAGCUUCAAUCAAUGGUGGUAUGAUGGUGUAUACACUAACGAUGUAGCAACCGAUGUCUUCCGUCUCAAUUCUAGCGACCCCCGAAAUGCAUUUAGUCCGACGCUCGACGGUAAACUAGUUCUUUUGGAUGGGGCGAAACGAGAUAGAGAUCCAUAUGUUGGUGAUAUUGCAGUUGCUGGAAAAACUUCUUUCUUGUCACACAAUACACCCGAAGCUUCUCGUAAUGUUCUUGCCGACUUGGCGGAUCAUCAACGUGAUGAUGGAUGGAUUCCACCUGCCUCUAUUGGCAAUUAUGAUCUUCAUCUACUCGAUUAUCCACUGUGGUGGAUUGUCUGUAGCCACGAUCUACUAAUGUACACGGGCGACAACAAUUACAUUCAAAAAUACUAUCACACACUUAUCAAUGUGCUAGAUAAAUUCUACCCAUCAGUCACAGACAGCGGCACCAAUCUCGUCUGGAAAGGAGUCGGUAUAUCUGGGAGUUACGGUGACUACGCUUUCCUCCCCCGUGUGGGACCAGUAAGUUACUACAGCGCCCUUUAUGUUCUUGCUCUCGAAAAUGCCGCUGUCAUUGCCAAGUCCCAAGGUCAAUCUUCCGAUGCUUCUCGCUGGCUCUCCCGCGCUAAAGUCGUGUCCGACGCACUAAACUCCCAUAAUUUCGAUACUUCCGUCGGCGCAUUCUUCGAUGGGACAUGCGGCGAUAUAUUCUGCAAUACUCAUCCUCAAGAUGGAAACUCGAUAUCUAUUCUCGCAGGCGUGACAAAUACAUCCCGCUCCAUUGGCAUCCUCAACUAUCUCAAUAGUGCUAAUUCUCGUUUCUACGGCAAUUCUUUCUACGAUAAUGAUGUUAUGUCCUCUGGUUUCUCGCAACGCGUAUAUGCAUUUAUUUCCUUCUUCGAGAUCUCCGCUCGAUUCAAAACUAACCUCGUUGCGAGUGCCUUUGACGAAAUCAGAAGAUUGUACGGAUGGAUGGCGACUCAUGAUCCCAAAGUUACCAUGUGGGAGGGUAUUGGACCAAAUGGAAGUCCAUACGAACAAGGCUUCACAAGCAUGGCGCAUGGAUGGAGCACUGGUAUCGUACCUGCAUUGAGUAAUUAUGUCUUGGGCGUCACACCUACCGGAGCGGGAUUUUCAACCUGGAGCGUGAAGCCAUAUCCGGGUGAUCUUUCUUGGGCCAAGGGUCAAGUUCCUACUCCUCAUGGUCCCAUCUCGGUGAAUUGGAGUAUUAAUUCUAAUGGAUGGUUUGUGCUGAGUGUGUCUGCUCCAGUCGACACGACUGGAACGGUUAGUUUACCGGUGGGGUUUGGGACGAAGGCAAAACGCGAUACGGCGCUGGAGAUUCUUGUGGAUGGAGUGACGGCGUGGAAUAAUGGACCUGUGGCUUUUGAUGCGGAGUUGGAUAGUAGUGAUGGGUAUGUCAGUUUGGUUUUGACAGGGGGUUCGACACAUGAUAUUACGGUCAAGGUUUAG